AUGGGUACUCCUAAUAAGCGUCUGGGAAAUUACACAAUCCAAAAUGGUGACUGUAUACAAGAAGAGGAUCGCAGUUCUGAGCCAAGUUGUUGCAUGAAGAUUUUUGGGAAAAACAAGGAGCAACCUGUCAAGAGCAAAAACAUACCGGCUCUCAAUUAUUCCUCACCACAAGAUUUCAGUAAGCAGCAUGACCCCCCAAAAGCAAUUAAACAAAGCGUUGAUCCUCCAUCAGAUGGGCAGCGAGAGGAAAGUCUUGAGCUAGAAAACAACAACCAAAGCCUGACAAGGAAAACCACUGGCAGUUCUGAGCAAGCUCAACAUGAGAGGAAUGAGAAACAAAAAGAUAUUAAGCAACCAAACUUCAACAACACAGAGAAUAUUGGCUUAAACACAGGCUAUAGCAGUAUUCAGCAAGUAGUGAGGCAACCGAGCUACAGCAGAGAUGACACCAGCUUUUCAAAUACAAACAACAGCAUCGUUGUGCCACAGAUUGUUAAGCAACCAAGCUUCAACAAAGAUGAUAGGUAUGCUGACAGCAACAUUGCGCCGCAAAUUGCUGAACAAUCAAGCUUCAAAGAUGAUAAACACGAAGAUACCAGGCCUCCGAUAACAACGAAAAUCAGUGUUGUUCCACAGGUUGUUAAACAAACAAGUUUUAAAGAUAAAAAAUAUACAGAUACAAGCCCUCAGGCAACAUCCAAAAGCAGUGUUGUGCCACAGGUUGCUAGGCAAACCAGCUUCAAAGAUAAUAAAUAUACAGACACCGGCCCUCCAACAACAUCCAAAAGCAGUGUUGUGCCACAGGUUGCUAGGCAAACCAGCUUCAAAGAUAAUAAAUAUACAGACACCGGCUCUCCAACAACAUCCGAAAGCACUGUUGUGCCACAGGUUGCUAGGCAAACCAGCUUCAAAGAUAAUAAAUAUACAGACACCGGCCCUCCAACAACAUCCAAAAGCAGUGUUGUGCCACAGGUUGCUAGGCAAACCAGCUUCAAAGAUAAUAAAUAUACAGACACCGGCUCUCCAACAACAUCCGAAAGCACUGUUGUGCCACAGGUUGCUAGGCAAACAAGCUUCAAAGAUUAUAAAUAUCCACACACAAGCCCUCCAACAGCAUCCAAAAGCAGUGUUGUGCCACAGGUUGCUAGGCAAACCAGCUUCAAAGAUAAUAAAUAUACGGACACCGGCUCUCCAACAACAUCCGAAAGCACUGUUGUGCCACAGGUUGCUAGGCAAACCAGCUUCAAAGAUAAUAAAUAUACAGACACCGGCUCUCCAACAACAUCCGAAAGCACUGUUGUGCCACAGGUUGCUAGGCAAACCAGCUUCAAAGAUAAUAAAUAUACAGACACCAGCUCUCCAACAACAUCCGAAAGCAGUGUUGUGCCACAGGUUGCUAGGCAAACCAGCUUCAAAGAUAAUAAAUAUCCAGACACCAGCCCUCCAACAACAUCCAAAAGCAGUGCUGUGCCACAGGUUGCUAGGCAAACAAGCUUCAAAGAUUAUAAAUAUCCACACACAAGCCCUCCAACAGCAUCCAAAAGCAGUGUUGUGCCUCAGGUUCUCAAGAACACAAGCUUUAAAGGUGAUCAAUAUGCAGACACCGGUGCUUGGAUAACACCCGCUAGCAGCGGAUCACAAGAUGUUUCUGGGGAAACAAACUUCAAAGAUCAUAAAUAUAGAGACAGUAGCACCCCAGCAACGAGUAAGAGCAGCUUUCCACAGAAUCUUGUAAGGAAAUCGAGCUUCAAAGAUGAAAAAUAUGCAGGCACUAGCACUCAAACAACUAUCAAUAGCGGUGCUUCACAAAAGGUUGCAACGAAAACAAACUUUAGAGAUGAUAAACAUGUAGAUACCAGCCCUCCAGUAACGACCAAGAACAGCAUUGCGGAAAAGGUUGCUGCACCACAAAUCCUCAAAGAUGAUAAAUAUGCAGAUCCUAGAAUAACCAAGAGCAGCGUCAAGCAAACGAUCGUUGACACUAGCCCACCAAUAGCAAACAAGAGCACUGUUGUGCCACAGGUCGUUAGGCAAACAAGCUUCAAUAGAGAUGAUAAUUGUACGAACACCAGUGAUGGGCAAAAGAUUGGUAGGCAAGUAAGUUUCAACAGCAAUAAAUCUACAGACAGUAGCCUCCCAAAGCCAACAAGAAGCAGCAUUGAGCAUACAUUAGCGGAGAAGCACGACGGUGCUUCCAAGCUAGAAAAUAAAAAUGAAAGCCAAGGAAACACAGGACUAAGCUCUUCAGUGUUUACAAAUUUUAGCAGCUUUGGACAUGGAGAGCAGCUGCUGGAUAACGAACAACAAAUGGCUGUUGCAGGGCCUAGUUUUGCAGAAAAAAAACAAGAAGCACCAUUGGACAAGCAACACAGAGCCUACAAAAAUUCCAGUUAG